GUAUAUGUGUGGAAGUUGUCACAAGCAAGAGCUGGUGUCGGGAAUCUUCUAGGCCAUGAUGAAGUGAGCUCGGUCAGGAAACUGAAAAAGGGACGAUGUAUUAUCCUGUGGGGCUUCCCAAGAGGCUCAGAAUCCCGGGAACUCGCGAUGGACAAGUGAAAUCUGUGGUGUGCAAUCGAGACAGGAUCCUCUUUGCCAUCCUCACUGAACGGGCGAUUUGGAUCUGGUUCAGUCGACCAUGUGUACCAGUGGUAGUACACCGUCGGUCGGAUGAGUCUGUUCUCAGCCUGGGGACCAACGAAUUUCUAGAAUGGAGGCCUGAUUCUUCUAUGAUUGUUGUUGCGACAAAUAAAAAUCGACUUAUUUACUACUCUAUUGUUGUUGAUGAGUCACGAAGAGAAGUAUAUGAACAGCGAGACCCCCCUAAUCCUACCCUGAAACGUGAAUCUGCUGAGCUUUACUCCAGUGAAUCUAUACCUCCACUUGUCUUCUCAACAGCUUUUGAGACUGAGGUUACAGGAGGGGUAACUGGCUUGGUUUGUCUUCGAGAUGAACUCAUGGUUGCUACGGGCACUGGUCAUAUCCAGCGACUACGUUGGGAUGGGUCUCUCAACUACGACUAUUGCAUAGAUCUUCGAAGAGUUCCUUUCUGUGAUGACCAACUUGUUAUGAAAGCUGUGCCUCUGGAUGCCCCUGGAGUACACGUUGUAGAUCUAGAGUACUCACCACUGGUAGGAGGAUUUGCCGUUGUAUUAAGUGAUGGCCGAGCUGCUUUUCUCACCGCGUCAACCCUCAAGUUCGACCCUAAUGCCGUGCAAGGGAUCUGGGCUCGAGACCUGGAGGACGCCACCUGCGCAGCCAUCAAUCACAAGUACAGGUUACUGGCGUAUGGUCGGGCGAACUCACAAGGUGUUGUAUAUACUGUAGAUGAGGCUACUGGGGGUCUGGAAGUUUCCCAUAGGCUUAUAUUGUCCAGUCGAGAUUUUGCAGGAUCACCUGGUCCUGUUGGGUUUAUGAAAUGGACUCCAGAUGGCACUGUAUUAGGCAUGACUUGGGAAGGAGGUGGAAUAUCCUUGUGGAGUGUUUUUGGCUCACUGCUUACAGUGUCCUUGCGAUGGGACUACACUGAAGAUCCUCUCUCCAAAGCCAUCACCAUCACGAACAUGGAAUGGGGUGCAGAGGGGUAUGAAGUAUGGUGCAUUCAAAAACUAGAAGAAGAAAUUAGCAAACAGGAAACACAAGACCAGCAGUUGUAUAGUGAGAAAGGUUCCAGAGAUAUGCCCAUUGUGGAAGAUCCCCUGGAAGAGAUCAAGGAAUGUAAGGAAAUGCCUCAAGGUGCUGUAGAGACAGAGGAAAUUGAGGUUGGGGCAGAAGUGACUGAGUCCUCACACUCAACAGAUGUUCAGGAGAAAACAUGUGUGCUACAGUUUUCCUUUAUCAAGAGUGCUCUUACAGUUAAUCCCUGUAUGAGUCGACUGGGGCGAGUCCUACUACAGGGGAAUGACCGACUCUACCUCAACACUUGUGAGGGACUGGCUGGGAUGCCAGACCCUACCCAGGAUUCCUUGUCUCUUUACUUUGAUGAUGAUGAAGAAGGUGCAUUUGAGGAUCCCUUACAAGCUAAAGACUCACAAUUUUGUGUGGCAGCUAAGAAACAGUGGAUUGUUAUCCCGAUACCUUACAGUUACACAGCUUCCAACUGGCCAAUCAGGUACACCUGUGUGGAUGAGGGUGGAGAACUUGUUGGUGUUGCUGGGCGGAAUGGAGUGGCCCAUUAUUCCUUGCGGCUGCGACGAUGGCAUCUCUUUGGCAAUGAGAGCCAGGAACGAGAUUUUGUGGUGACUGGUGGCCUGCUCUGGUGGCGGUCAACAUGGCUAGUACUUGGGGCCUACAACAUACCAGCCAACAUGGAUGAACUUAGGCUUUAUCCCCGGGACCAUAAGCUGGAUAAUCUUUAUGUCACUACGGUGCCCCAACCUGCUCAGGUGCUUUUGUUAAAUAUAUAUGGGGAUCAGCUGAUAGUGUUAACUGCUGAUUGCCAUAUCACAGUGUAUAACCUUCAGCCUUCGGAAACAAACUCAGGCCAAAAUAGGGUAAGUAAGCGAAAAUCCAGAGGGAGCAGGGUAAGCAGGAAGAAAAGCAAGCAGAAGGGAAAUUCGGAGAGCCUACUGUUUCCGAGGGGUGGUGGUAAUGUUACUGUGUCUCGAGUGCAGGAGGUAGACAUUUCUGGACUGACAGUGCACCCAGCGUGUGUUGUAUCCAUAUUACUGACCAGUCUCCGCACAGAGUCUUGGAGAGUCAGCAACAACCAACAUAACCCACUGCCAGCACAGAGUGUCAUUAUCAAUAUAUCUGGCAAAGUACUUAUGAUACAACGAGAUCAGCAGGCAGAUGGUGCAGGCGGCAAUGGCAAGUUGUUUCAUUGUGCACAAAUGACACCAAUUGUCUUAGCCUCAAGCUGUGAAGCUCUGUGGUGCAGUAGCUGUGCUGUAAGUCAUAAGCCACAUCUUAGUCAUGCAUUGUGGCUGCACUGUGGUGUUCAUGGCACACGAGCCUGGCUACCUCUCUUCCCCAACUCUGCUGACAAGUCUCACAUUUUCUUGGCUCGCAGAAUAAUGCUGCCAUUUACUCCGUCCAUAUAUCCUCUAGCUGUGUUGUUUGAGGAAGGUAUUUUGUUGGGGGCAGAGACUGACACGUCCCUGCUGGCAUGUGACGCUGCUUCUCUGCACCAGCCACUUACUAUUGUAGAGCGGACUAGUCAAGUUUAUCUGCAUCACUUGUUGAGACAACUGCUGAGGCGUAACCUAGGGUACCAUGCUUGGGAAGUAGCCAGCACAUGUCGGGACUUGCCAUACUUCCCACAUGCACUGGAGCUUCUCCUGCAUCAGGUUCUGGAAGAAGAAGCUUCGAGCAAAGACCCACUUCCAGAUUGCUUGCUACCCCGUGUAGUGGAGUUCAUUAGAGAGUUCCCAGUGUACCUGCAGACAGUAGUACAAUGUGCGCGAAAGACUGAGCUGGCCUUAUGGCGCUACCUCUUCUCUGCAGCAGGCAGUCCUAAGCUCCUCUUUGUCAAGGCUUUGGAGGAGGCCCAGCUGGAUACUGCUGCAUCAUACCUUAUCAUCCUGCAGAAUCUGGAGAGUGCCUCUGUGAGUCGAAGCCAUGCCACACGCCUUUUAGAUGCUACAUUAGAAGCUGGCAAAUGGGAUCUUUCUAAAGACCUCAUUCGAUUCCUCCGUUCAAUAGACCCGACGGACCUGGACUCACCGAAGCCAUCGAUUCCAUCGUGUGGGAGCACUAAGGUUGGGUUCAGCCAUGCCACACCCCCCGUGUCCCCUGCAUGUGCCGAUGAAGACCUUUCGAUGAUUCUCCCCAACACUCAGAUACAGAUGUUGCGAAGACAUUCCUCUGUUCUGAUCACCGCUCCGCAGGUGCUCCGUGGGAGGUCCUUCUCCUCAACGUCAGCCCCAAAGGUGGCAGUUGCGGAUGGGGCUGCAGCCUCUCAUCAGUCAGUGGUCAGAACAACAUCAGACUCGGCAAAAGUCCUGCCAGAAAUCAGUCGUCAGUGUCAGACCGUACCGACACAGCGUAAGCGAUCGACAAAUUCGUUGAGCAAGGAUGUGUCAACAGCAGAAGAAUACUUUUUGGAUGUGAUUCUACAGAGGCAUGCAAAGAAACUCUUACUGAGCUGCCGUCUACGAGAUUUGGGGACAAUGGCAGCACACUUAGACUUUCCACUAGUGUCAUGGCUCAGGAGAGAGAGAAGUCGUGCAGCCCGGGUGGAUGAUUUUGUUGCGUCAUUGAAGCAGAUCCACAGAGAAUUCUCCUGGCCAUACCCUUCCGUCCCAACUUCCCAUAUCCGCCGUUACUCAGUCUCAUCUGUGCGAUCUGGAGGGAGUCCUGAUGAGAGAGCUGUUAUGGUGGAGGAGAAAAUGCAAGGACUCUCAAUCUCAGUGCCAAAGGUGUCUUCACUGGGUACUGGAGAAGUAGGAGACAGUGGCUAUAUGAGCCAAGCUACAGGGGACACACACACAGCUGUGACCCCCCAACACACACCCCAUUCACCCAAGUCUCCGUAUGCUCUCCAGGAAGUCAUGCCUCGCCAGGCCCUGCUGGUCCCACAUUCGCCCAGAACAGGUGAUACAGUGAGUGUGAUGAGUGAAGAGGGGACUUUGUAUGGGGAUGACACGUCGAGUGUGUGUGGUGACUGGAGCCCUGAGGGUGGAGACCCAAUGCGUGAUCUGCUUUCCCGGCCCCCUGACCCUCCUCCCCAGUCUUCUCCAAGACCCCCUCCUCAUGCUGAAGUUCAGCUUAGAUACUUACUGCAGGUGCUGUUAGAGGCAGGGUGUCUAGAGUGGAGUGUUGUGGUGGCAGUUGUGCUGCGUGAUGCCUUAGCUGUGUUACGAGUUGUGACACUUGCCCGUGCUCCAGAUGUACCUGCACAGGUCAUUACCAGACUAACAACAGGCUUGCAGGACCUUUUGCACUUCACAAAUACUGAAUGCUUGGGAUAUCAAAAUUUCCUUGGAGCAAUAAUGGGCCAAGUUAAGGUCUUGGAAAGGCUUGCAAAUACCCGAGAAAUAUCACGGACUCCAAGUCCCCACUCUUCCCGUCCUCCUUCUACAAGUCACGAAUCCGAGCCCCCUCCCAGCCAGGAGAGUUCCCAUAGGUCUUCUGUUCGAACUUCCCCUCCCCCGUCAUCGCAUCAGCAGCAAGGCCAACAGCAGCAGUCAAUGCAGGUGCAGAAUCAAACACAGGGUCAACAGACACCACAGGUACCACAACAGCAGGCACAGCAGCCAUUGCCUCACCCAGGCAUGCCCAAGGUAUCUUAUCUUCCUCGAAAUUCCAUAUCUGCUGGAGAAACUCUUCAGGAGGAAACUUCAAACCCAGAGUCUGAGAAUGAGCUCAGGGACUCCGUUCAUGAAGGCAUUUCCACUCUGGAGGAAGAGGGAAGUGCCGCCUGCGUUGUGUCAUAGGCCAGCUGGGGCUACUGUUGGUCAAGGACCUUUUUUUCUUCUUUUUUUUGAUAUCCAAAGGCAAUAAUGAAAAGAAUGCUACUAAACUUGCUCACAAUUUUUGUGGUUUGUAAUUUUUCUCACAAUAGUGAAGAUUUAAAGCAAAUGUAGAGUUGUAUUAGCCAAAUGACUGGUGCUUAAUUUGGAAAUCUUUGUAACUGCUUUGUGUUUAGUUGGCAAAAAUGUUGUAGAGUAUGUGUUGUAAACUGAGGGAUUAAACAUGUUGGCAUUUUUCAUAUAUAAGGGAAAGAUUGUCAGUAUUUUAUGGAUUUAAUUAGUCUGUUAUUUGAUAAUGGAUAUUUCAAUUUGAAAGGUACUUGACAGGAAGAGAUUUUAGAAUAAAAAGAAUUGAGUUUAUUUGGGAUUGAGGUUCUGGUUUGACUAAAUUUCUUAUACUGUAAGGUUUGGAAUCAGAAAAUAGGGAAGGCAUUAUAAAAAAAGAUUUCACUAUUAACAUAAUUUCUUGCUUUGCGUAAUUUAUUUUCAAUAUUUUUAGAAGUUACAUCUGAAAAUAUGAGCUUACACAACACAGUGUUGAAUGGUAAUGAUAGAUAAGAAAAAGAGCAGUUAGUUCUAUUAAGAGUAGUAUGAUUCCAUAACCAACCAGCUGUAGUUCUGCUGCAAGGCAUUACUUGAGGGGCCAAGGAGAAUAUUAUAGUCCAUGUUAUAUAUGAGCUUUAACCCAUGUACAUGUGUGUGAUGUAUUGAUAUUUUUUUCUUUAGAGGAUAGAAUUGUAUUUAGGUAAAUCUGAUCUGUAACAUAUUUUAUAGGAGCUGUAAUACACAUAGAAAAUCUAUAUCUAUCUAUAUAUGUAUGGGCUGGUCCUAUCCACCAUUGUUAGGGCCUUUAAGAGAGUAAUUGUUACAAUAAUCAAGGAUAGAAUUUUAACUUUUUUCACAUUUUACAGACUUAUCGUUUAAAUGUUGAAGCACAGGAGCAGGAUAUAGUGAUAUUGCCUAAAUCUAACAUGAAGGUUUAUUUUUUCCUCAAAGUGUGUGCCUUGAGGAUUCUAUGAAGUGUUUGUAAUUAAAUUUUGUGGUGUAAAACUUUGUGGAGGUAUGUGAUAUGUUGCUAGCAAGCAGGUUUUUGUUAAUGUGGAUUUGUCAAGAACUUGAAGAGAGAGAUAAGAACCAGCAUGGUUCCAGUUGGCAUAUAGGGGGAGGUGUGUGCUAAUUUUUAAUGGGGUUUUAUGUGCAUUUCUCUGAGGCAGAAGAGGAUAGAGAAACAGUCCCUAAGAGUGGGAAACCAUAAUGGAAAAUAAGCAUGUUUUGUACAUCUUUUUAUCAGGGAAGAAGCAUGUUUUUUCUUAUUUAUUUCUUAUUGAAUUUCCCUCCAAUAGGCUGAAGUCAAAAUGAAACACAUGGUCUCUUAAUGCAUUUAGAGACAGUAGGUUAUGAAUUGGAUGACAAAUAUUUUAGAUUUUGUACUAGAAUGAAGGAGUUGUUAAACAGACACAGCAGUGAAAAAUGAUAAACUCACAGAGACCUCUAUUUAAAUACAGUUUUUGUUAAUAGGUAAAGGCUGUCAAAUAUAUUGAUGAUAAUGGCCCUAUCUGGAUGCAAAAGUUUGUCAAAGAUAGUUAAAGAUAGACAAUAGGAAGUAUGGUUGCAUGAAUAAGUAAAUGCAUGUUGUGGGUGAAAAAGGUCUGUACGUAUGGAUGAAUGGAGUAGAACAAUUUAUUAGGAGAAUGCACUUUUACAUUUGUAUAAGAGAUUAUCUGUUUAUUUUGGACAUGUUAAGGUGUACUCAUAAUGACAUAUAGAAAAUACUACACACGAAGAAUAAAUUAUUCAGCAUGACUAUUAAGGGAGAGUAGACCUCCAGUGGAAGAUUGGAAGAAUUAGAACUAACAGGGAAGUUUUGUAUAGGUUUUAAAAGUUUUGGAAUGAUACCAUUAUCAUUUGGAUGUUUAGUGAUGCCAAACUAUUUAUUUUUACAAAGGAGAAUCCUGAGGUGAAAUUGAGCAUUAGUGUGUAAGAAAAUGGGAUAUGUCAGCUUUUCUUACAUGUUGAUUUUGGCCAUGUGAAUUUGGUGGCUCAGGUAUAAAAAAAAAGGAAAAAAGAAAAUCUAGAUAACACAUGAUUGUGCCAAAGCUGUUUGAAAAACAGUUUCCCAUUUGCUGUUACAUCCCUCAUGUCAUUUACAUUAAUAAAGUUAUUUUUUGUGCUUUUUAGGUUUUGAUGUGUAAAUUCAUUGUUUGGGGAAUUCUUGCACUAUCACAUCUUCCAGUUGACCAAGUAUAAAUAAUUCAAAUACAGAUUUAUCAUGCAUGCAAAUGGGACCUUUGUUUUAUAUGGUAUCUUUUUCCCAUUGAUUUCUAUGUUCAGGUUCACUCCAUUACAACCACCUAAGAAAGGCAGGCUUUAGGAUUCUUGAUGUAUGUGAAUGUUGAACUUAAAGACAACUCACAGGAUAAAUUUAUGAUGUAAAUGACAAUGAGACACCUAUGAUAGUUCUAGAAUAUCAGUUUUAUUGCUUAAAAUAAAAGGUUUUGUAAAGAAUAUGAAUGACAGUUCAAAGUUUUUGUUAUUAAAAAAUGUUAUGAUUAAACUUAUAAUUUUUUUGUAUUAAAUUUGAUAAGAGAAAGUAGACAGAAAACAUGAAGAGAACACUUGUAAUAGAUAUAAAAAGGGAUCCUUUUUUUGUAAUUGAUAUUACCAAAGAACUGUAUUUAAGAAACUUUAAAUCUUGUUUUUCUUAUAUAGAGAUCUAGUCUUUGGACUGUGAAUGUCUCUUAAGAUAUUAGGAUAAAAGUAUAUAUUUUCAUAGUGCAAGUAAGGUGACAUAUUUUUUAUUUUUUGUUCAGAGGGUCCAAAA